UAAACAGAAAUUUCACAACAAAUCACAUCAUGUCCUGAAACACCACAUCACUGCACUGAACAUUACGUGGACGUGGAAAUCAAAGCGGUGUAGAUAGAUAGAGCCUUCCGUCCAAUCCGUCCAACGCUGCCUACCCAAAUCCCAAAUCAAAGUAGAGCAACGACUUCCGGCAGCGGCUGCACUGUCAACAACACGAGCAAACCUCAAACAAUCGAUGCCCCACUGCCACAUAAUGGUCUAUAUGCGAAUUGUGCUGACAACCUUGGUGACCGUCACGUGCCUGCUGGGGGAUAACUUCGUGGAGCUGACCCAGCAUCCGCUGCUGAAGGCCCUGGCGGACAAUGCAACGCACGCGGCCAUCGGCGCCCUCACCGGCAUCGCCUUUUCGAUGCAAUUCUACGAGCGGACCACGCAACUUUUCGGCUGGAUAUUGAUUUUCACCUGUUUCGUUGUGUCAUCGUUCAUUGACUUGGAUCACUUUGUGGAGGCCCGUUCGCUGUACCUGGAGGAUGCCACCAAUCUGUCGCGUCGUCCGUUCCUACACUGCUCCAGCAUCAUUCUGGUCAUGUUGCUGUUCUACAUGUGCACCGCGUGCCUGAACUACUUCCGCACCAGCCUGCUGCUGGGCGCCCUGCUCUGUGCCUUCAUCACACACCAUACGCGUGACGCUGUGCGUCGCGGCUACUGGAUGUGUCCCAUGGGACACACGGAUCGCGUGCCGCAGGUGGCCUACAUCCUAAUCACGAUCAUGACGCCCCAUCUGCUGGGCUGUCUGCACGCCCUCUGUCGCAGCGUUUUGGUGCUCAACUUUUUGGGGCAAUACGUGAAAUUAAGCGAAUGCAAUUACCGCGGCGGAUCCGGGUCGGGGUCGGGCUGUUCGAAUGCCAACUAUCGGUAUAUGCAGGUGUAAGAGGAUAAGGGGGAACCUUUGUGAUACGACAACGUAAUGCGAAAUCAUCGAAUGGUGAAUGCAAAUGCUUUGUAGGCUUCAAGCGCAUUAGAGAUUAGCUUUAACAUUGGAUCAGCUAGAAACCAAAUACUUCCACACUACAGGACACAAUUUUAGACACAACUACAAUUAGUUUUUAUUCGAGUACAUUUUGGGGAAUUCAUUGAUUCCCGUCCAAUUGAUAAUAUGAUAUACUUUUUGUCCAUUAACUAGCGUAGGUUUUUACUAGACUCUAAAUACAGAUAAUAUCCGAAUUGUGAUAUUUAGUUGAUAGUGAAAAAAAUAGUAUAACGACGAGCAUAGCGCACAACAAAUCAAUUUUCCACUUCCAAUCUUGACUCUGUAUCCGUAGUAGGCAGGCCCUAGUAUUGUGUAUUUAAGCCAUUUUAAUCUAAUAAAUCCAAAUAAUUGCCUUAAA